UUAAUAAGCGUGAAAGGUGAAGGUGAGGUAGAUGACGAUGAGGAGAGAGAAGAAGAAAUUGAAGCGGAGGAAGAUGAGGAGGGGGUUGGAGGCGCAGUCGCCUGGCCCUCAUCAGAAAGACACUGCUCAGGCGACAUCGAGAGCGGUAUUGAUGGAGUCAUUUCGGCAGCUGCAAAAUCGGAAGAAAAAUCAUCGCAAAAAGCGGAGUUCUGGUGGGCUUGAGUAUUAA